AUGUGCGAGAGGAUAGCGAAGCAACCAUACUUCGACAUGGACAUGGUGGUGGGGCAACCUUGGAGAAUAUAUUACACCUGGAAUCUAAAGUUGGACACUGCUUGUUUGGAGAUGCAAUUCAAAAACGCUUCUUUAAAGAUAACAAAUCGAAUAUGGUCGGAGAUGAAUGAGUACCUAGAACAACAGCCGAACUGGGAUGCUGCUACACUUCUUCUCACUAUGAGUCCCUCAAAACACGAACUAUUGCUGUUUGCUGAUCAAGGCCCCGCCGGUAGCUUCGUCGCUGUACCCAACAUAGCUAGUACCUCUAAUAUGACGCCAUCCCGUAAAUCAAUAUCUCUGAUGAAGUUUACAUUAAAAUUUCUACAGGAUGGUCAGUUUUUGCUGUUCGUUGAUUGUCAAGGGGGGGUAGGCUCUCUAAGCGCGAGACCGGAUAGAACACCAUAUAGAUCAGAAAUAGAGACAGCUGUAGCAGGAUUGAAGAUUGGUGAUGGCUUCCCCGCUUGCACCAAGGAAAGAAAUGGAGAUGAACAGUUUUUAGCAAAAUAA